AUGUUCAUCAACCAUCGAGGGAUUGAUACAAAGAAGACCAUCGCUGGUCUUCUGUAUCAUCAUCUCUCAGGUCUUGGGUACCACCCCUUUUUGGAUAGCAAGAGCAUGAAACCCGGGGAUAGGCUCUUUGAGAAAAUCGACCCUGCAAUCAAGGAAUGCAGGGUUGGGGUAGCGAUUUUCUCUGAAAAUUAUUGUAACUCUUAUUUUUGUUUGCAUGAACUUGCCUUGAUGUUAGAGUGCAAGAAGAGGAUUGUGCCCAUCUUUUGUGAUGUGAAGCCCUCCGCACUCCAAGUUAUUGAUAAUGGUACUUGGGCUAGAAAAGAGAUUGAAAGGUUUGGUCAAGCUCUUGAGGAGUGUAGAUACAUUGUUGGGGUAUCAUAUGAUAAUAAGAAAAAUGGGGAUUUGGCUGAGUUUAUGGCAGAGGCAACAAAGGCAAUUCUUCAAGCAUUUCAUGAGGAUGAAGAAGAUAUGGAGUACCUUAAGCACAAUAUUACCAAAUAUUAUGAUGGGAAUUCGGCUGAGGCUUCUAUCUAA